UACUGCUGCGGGACAUCUACCAAUAAAUACUGCUGUGACUCUUUGUGGAACAGAUAUUUCCCGAGUUAUUCUUCUAGUUCGUUAUGCCCCACCAGGCCAACCACAACAACAGUCCGUACGGUAGGUUCAGGAGAAUAUUGCUGCGCAUAUUACACGUCAUCUGGCAGUUACAAAAGCUCUUUCUACUGUUCCAAGUACUGCUGCGGGACAUCUGCCAGUAAAUACUGCUGUGACUCGUUCUUGAACAGAUACUAUCCGAGUUAUUCCUAUAGAUCGUUAUGCCCGGCCGUCACAAGUCCAACCACAACAACAGGAGAAUAUUGCUGCGCAUAUUACACGUCAUCUGGCAGUUACAGAAGCUCCUUCCACUGUUCUAAGUACUGCUGUGGGACAUCUACCAGUAAAUACUGCUGUACCUCGUCCUAUAGUAGAUACUACGGGAGUUAUUCCUAUGUUUCCUCGUGCCCCACCCCCUCAAACAACUGGAGCAGCUGGGCAUCGAGUACUACAUCAGGCAUCAUAAAUGUUACUGGUGCUAUAGUAGGCUCUGUAGUCGGUUUCAUCGCCCUGUGUGUCAUCAUAGGAGUUGUCAUCUGCUGCGCAACCGGAUGCUGUGGGCAAAGAAGAGGAACAGUGACCAGACCCCCGGGUAACGGCAUAGUAAUGAUGAACACGCCGCCAACAACGCAAGGUUACCCAGUUGGGUACGCCCCACCACCAAAUACAGCGUAUGGGCCAGGUAUACCUCAACCGAAUGCGGCUUAUGGCCCAGGAACACAGCCACCGUAUACAGGGUAUGGGCCAGGAAUUCCCCCUCAACAGCCGCCAAACACGGAGUUUGGACCAGGAAUUCCACCACCACAGCCGCCAAACACAGGGUUUGGGCCAGGGAUUCCACCUCCCAAUAACCCAUUUGGACCAGGAUCGCCACCCAAUGCAGAGGCAGCACCACUGGAUGCCGCGAAAGGAGCCGGUAAUGAUGCUCCCCCUCCCCCAUACCCGGGCACAGACAAUACUUACACCCCACUCCAACCUUAAUUCAUCUGGCGCAGAUAGACUUAAAUGGCCACAGUGUGCCGGUGUGGCAGGGGUGGCAGUCCUAGCAAUGGAAGCCUGGGGUCCCAUAUGAUUAGUACAGGUCAGGGUAAGGCGAGGUAUUGGGGUUUAUUAUAUGGGACGAAUGUCACCUGUACAAAGUAAUUGGGAACGGACUAUGGUUUCUAGCGGACGACCAUUCUUGUCAUAUCAGUUCUCAUUUAUCGCUGUGAUGCAUUCAGUCUCACCUUCGUGCCCUUUAUGAACAAAUCUCUACUUUGCUGAACAGAAGUUCCCUUUCAUUGGUGUUUUAAGUCAAAUGAGUGUAAAGUGAUUUAUAUCUAAUUCUGAAUGUGUAUCCGGUGUUAGUUUCUUUAACAGUGUCUAGUGAUUGCAGCUUUUGUGUAAAUAGAAGUUAAAUGCUUAUGUAUACAAGGAAGUGUGUUUAUAUAUCGUUCCCCAUAUCUUUUACACGUACUAAGUAUUAGUCCAAUCAUUAAAUUAACUGGAGCUUGAAUUUUUCGUGCAAAUGUAAAUUCAGCAAAUAUAAAAAUGUGAUUGGACACCACCAAAUGUGAUUUUAUAUAUCAGACUGCUUGGUAUGUUUUUUAUGUUUGAGUGAUUAUUUCGUGCCUGUUGUUAAUCUUAAGAUAAGAAGUACAUGUACCGUUUCGAUGGCCUUGUCUUACCGAAAGUUUUUAAAAGUAAAUAUUUAGAUGUAAAAUAAUCUAUCCAUGUCGAUUAAUGAGUAUUAAGAUAGGACUUCAAAAAUAUGGAGAAAGACUAUACUGUGAACAUUUUGAACUUUUAAUCAAAUGUAAUGUAAUGUAUAAGUUACCGAAUUAUGAAUGUUUUUUCAUCAUUUAAGUGACGUGGGUCCCACUUACAAAAUAAUGUGUUUUAUUUAACUUUUAAGUAAAAUAAUGAAUAUUUCUAUGGCUUUCUUUGAAUUAAAGUCAUAUAUUUUUGUUACGAUAUAUAUGUUCCUUUUUUCCUUUUUAUUUUUUAGACCAAAUCUAUGUCUGGCAAAGUAUUCUCUUUUCGUUAGUUCUAGAUGUAAAAUAUUUUGAAAAAUAUUUUGAAAAGUUAAUCUUUAUCUAUGUUCUGCGAAUGGUAAAAGAGAAUGUCUACAACUUAACUUACAAGAAACGUAUGCUUAUCAUAAAUAGUACAAGCAACUUACUUUGAAUGCUUAGCUGUUACGAAUAGUUGUAAAGUUGCUAUAAAGGUAAUGAAAAGUGAAAAUUUCAACUUACAUGAAACAUCGGAUAAUUAAAAUGAGAUAAUUACAAAAAUAGUGAUUAUACAGCAUUCUGCGAAAUGAUUUUGGGUCAGGGUUUUCAGUGCAUAGCAGCCAUAUAUUAUUACUCGAGAAUCAUCAUAUAUACACAAGAAAAAAUAUAUAUUUUAUUUAGUAUUUUAGGUACGUGGCAUGCAUUGUGACCUAAGGCAGAAUGACUUAGAGGGAGAAAUUAACUUAAAAGAAACAUGAUUAUUAUGGGUACAUAAAUAUGAUCAAAUUACAUUGAAUUCAUAGUAAUUAGGAAUAGUACGUGGUGCGUGGUGUGGUGUGGCAUAUCAGAAUGGGUAACAAUGGGGCGAAAACUGAUAUUGAUACAAAGAUGUAAUGAUCACCACUGCCGUCAUGACAGGAAUGGAAGUCCUAGGAAUGGAAGUCCGAUAUGAUGAGUACAGAUUAGGGUUAUUCUGAAUAUUGGGGUUGGUAUAUAGAACGAACGUUACCUGUUCAGAGUAAUGGUGAACGGACUACGGCUUCUAGCGGACUACCAUUCCUGUCAGACCAAUGUAUCUUCUUUAUACAUACUAACAUACUGUAUAUACAUAAGCGUGUAACUAAUUUUUGGAUUAAACGGAACACUCAUGCA